AUGCGAGCCAGAGUAGUGCGAUCAAGGCGCUCCUACCUCCUUCACGGCAAUGCAUCUGUUGAGGAGCAGCAGCUUCAACGGUUCGCGUACAGCAGAGCGAAAAUUUACCGCAACACAGCCUCUCUACCGAACCCACAAGCACAAGACGUCCAGCACUUCGCGCUUUCGCUCUUCAUCUGGAGCGAAGGCAUUGUCGGUGACACUGCACAGGACGUCCUCAAUCAACCUCGAGACUAG